CCCAUAGUAUCUGUGCAGCUCAGAGUGUCGCUGCUGUGUUUAUAUAUCUAGAUGUAACGUCACAUGUCUUUGUGGUUGUGCAUCGGUGUAAAUCAUGGUGUAAAUGUAACCAGAAGACGUGCCUGAUGAGCGGUAAUGACGCCGUUAUGGACGGACAGCCUCAGCUUGUUAGCUGGAGUGACAGUGAGACCGUUGACUUGGUGACAGAUGUCAUCUGUGCCAGGACAAAGACCGAAACUGCGACCAGCAGGCCUUGUCCGCUACACACAACUUGCUAGCUGCUAGUUCUUCUUUUGCAGACAUUUUUUUAGUAACUUAUCGUUCGCUAUUCUUGUAGUUACCACAGACUGAAAAAGUAGUCGGCUUGCUAGCGUUAGCGUUAGCUGUGAGCUCGCAAGAUGUGCAAUUGUUUUGCGGUUUGCUGCACAAACUGUGUACUUGUUUAGCAAGCGGUUAGCUUAGGAGUACUCAGUUGUCUCUGCGACUCCAGGUUCGUUGCAGCCUAUUUUAUUUUUAAGAAUGGACGCUGACGACGACGUGCCUCUCAUCCUGACCUGGGACGAAGCAAAUAGCGGUCUGCUUAACGAGGAGACAGAGAGGAGAGACGAGAAUGGAGGAGGAGGCAAUUAUGACAUAGUGGACAACGCCGUCAUCUCAACACCUGGGCCACAAAUCCACAGAGUCCAGAAUGUGUCAUUACGGCAAAGCUGGGAGAUGAACUACCAAGAGGCAGCUAUCUACCUGCAGGAAGGAGAGAACAAUGACAAGUUCUUCACCCACCCUCGAAACCCAAAGGCACUGGCAGCGUACCUGUUUGCCCACAACCACCUGUUCUACAUGAUGGAGCUGCUGACAGGCCUCCUGCUGAUGAUGCUGUCGCUAUGUGAAGCUCCCGCUGUGCCCUCACUGCGCCUGGAUGUCUACGUCCACGCCACUCUGGAGCUGCUGGCUUUGGUCAUGGUGGCAUUUGAGCUUUGCAUGAAACUCCGCUGGUUAGGCUUCCACACCUUCAUACGACACAAGAGGACCAUGGUGAAGACGUGUGUGUUGCUGCUACAGUUUGUGGAGGCCAUAGUGGUUCUGAUCAGACAGACGUCUCACGUGCGAGUGACCAGAGCUCUCAGACCAAUUUUCCUGGUGGACUGUAGAUACUGUGGUGCUGUGCGCAGAAACUUGCGUCAGAUCUUCCAGUCCCUCCCACCUUUUAUUGACAUCCUCCUACUGCUGCUCUUCUUCAUGGUUAUAUUUGCUAUUUUGGGUUUCUGCCUCUUCUCUCCAAACAUCGCUGACCCGUACUUCAAUACUCUGGAGAACAGCCUUGUCAGUCUGUUUGUGCUGCUGACCACAGCAAAUUUCCCUGAUGUGAUGAUGCCAGCGUACUCCAAGAACCGCUGGUCCUGUGUUUUCUUUAUCGUUUACCUCUCCAUAGAGCUCUACUUCGUCAUGAACCUGCUCCUGGCCGUGGUGUUUGAUACGUUUAAUGAAGUAGAGAGGAUGAAGUUCAAGUCUCUUUUGCUUCACAAACGCUCCGCUAUUGACCAUGCCUUUCAGCUGUUAGUCAGCCGUCAGAGGCCGCUGGGUGUGUCGCUGAAACAGUUUGAUGGCCUGAUGCGUUUUUACAGACCACGUAUGUCUGCAAGAGACCGAUUCCUCACAUAUAAAGCUCUUAAUACCUCAGGGGCUCCUAUGCUCAGUCUACAGGACUUCUAUAAGUUCUAUGAGGUGAUUGGCCUUAAAUGGAAGGCACGACGCAGUGGAGAACAUUGGUUUGAUGACCUCCCGCACACAACCUUCCUCAUUUUUAAAGGAAUCAAUCUGCUGGUGAAGUCAAAGGCCUUCCAGUAUGUCAUGUAUGUGGUGGUGGCCAUCAACGGUGUGUGGAUCCUCGCGGAGGCGUACACACUGAACAAUGGUUUCUCCACCAAACUUGUCCCGUGGAGUUACAUUGUCUUCCUCACCAUUUAUGGUGUAGAGGUGUUACUCAAAUUAACAGGUUUGGGGCCGAUGGCUUAUUUCAGCUCAGGGUGGAAUCUGUUUGACUUCUCAGUGACAGUGAUUGCCUUCCUGGGCCUGAUGGCUAUUCCCUUCGAUAUGGAGCCGUUCUACUUUAUCGUGGUGCUGAGACCAUUUCAGCUGCUCCGGUUGUUUAAGAUAAAGCAGAGGUAUCGCAAUGUGUUGGACACCAUGUUUGAGCUCUUCCCCAGGAUGGCGAGUCUGGGGUUAACGCUGAUCAUCUUCUACUACUCCUUUGCCAUUGUGGGCAUGGAGUUCUUUGCAGAUGUGGUGUACCCCAACUGCUGCAACACCAGCACAGUGGCAGACUCCUACAGACAGAUCAACGUCACCUAUGGCAACAAAACAGUGUUGGAAGAAGGCUACUAUUAUCUCAAUAACUUCAACAACAUCCUCAGCAGCUUUGUGACUCUGUUUGAACUGACUGUCGUUAACAACUGGUACAUCACUAUGGAAGGAGUGACGUCUAUGACGAGCCACUGGAGCCGGCUCUACUUCAUGACUUUUUACAUAGUUACCAUGGUGGUGAUGACCAUCAUUGUGGCUUUCAUACUGGAUGCAUUUGUGUUCCGCAUGAACUACAGCCGCAAGAACCGGGAACCACUGGAGAACCCAGAGGAUGAGAAUGGGAUCGUGUUUGAAGUAGAGGUGAGUCGAGAUGAAGCUCUGACCACUCUGGAGCUGUACAAACAGACCUGCCCUGGACUGUCCUCCCUCAGCUCUCUACAGGGAGUCCUACAAACUAUGGACAGGAGUGGGCACUUGUCCAUGGUUUACCUGGGUCGGAGGUCUAGGACAAAAAGUGACCUCAGUAUGAAAAUGUAUGAGGAGGAGAUUCAGGAGUGGUAUGCGGAGUAUUCAAGGGAAGGCCUGCCUCAGCCAGACCAAAGCCUGGAGCGGGAUCUGGACAGUCCCGUCUCUGAACCGCCUCCUUACGAAGAGCCUCAGCUCAACUCACAGACUGGACCUCAUAGCAUCAACUAAUGCACAGUUCGCCAGCGGUACUUUCAUACCAUCAUCUCAGCAUUUUAAAAUGCUAACAAAUCCCAUCACUCCAGGUCUUUUCUAGUUUCCCCUCACUCACCUUUUGCCGUAGGGAGAAACUAGUCUGGGGCCUUUUGGACUGAUGUGACAGUGAGACGAGUAAAUGGCGGCUCCUCCUUGGAGCUGUCACCACAGACAGACAGCAGUGCAGGUCUGUUGCUCGGCAACUGAAGUGGGAGUGUCCCCCUCUUUGGGCCUGAGGCAGCCUGUACUACUACUACUACUACAGUAUGUUGUGUACGUAUACUGCUGUAGGCCUUAUGUGACCUCUUAUAAAUCAUGUAGUACUUAAACCUGAUGCCUUAGUUUUAAUGGCUCAUCUGAUCAGUAUUAACACCGACAUAACUUCUACUAAGUUCUCUCAAGACCAAAAAUAUAAAUACUUACACUCCUUUCAGCUCAACCCAACAAAACAGCUACAGUGUAUCUCUUAACUAAUGUCUCAACGGACUCAAAAUAUUUUACUUUUAUAUAACUUCUUCUCCUGUAAUGUAUUUGAGUUAGUUGAGGGAUUUUAAUAAACUGUUCAAAUUGUCA